GGGGGGAUGCUCUGAAUAACACAUCGGUAAAGAAUGGAGAGGGAGCACUUGACGUCAUUUGGAGAAUAAUCCAAAGGACCAAUAGGAUUGAAACAAGCAAGAGUCAAUGCCAGCGAAUUGCCAACAUCACUAGCAGUGUGUCACCCAAGUCUUAACGUCCUCCUGUGAGAAAUCGAUUUACAAAAGAUUUGUUACAAUAACGACAAAAGAAAAUAGAGGGGUGAAACGGCGCCAGCGGUUACUGGUGAUAGUCUCCACCUGGGCGCUCCACGUCUCCAUCUUCCCUGUUAAGGAAUGCGCCCGGGAAGACCUCAACAAGCCAUCGCAACAUCACUUGACUGACUGAUAGUGACACGCAUGGAUGCUCUGUGAUGAUUCACUCUCUGCCGCAGCAAUGAGUAACCAAUUCAAAAACACCUCUUCCUCAACCUGGGAUGUUCAAGAAGGAGGGAAUUCCACACCACCUCCAUCAUUCCAGUUCGUAAUGGAACCGGUGGUCAUAAGCGUCAACCCCUGGGAUAUAGUCCUGUGUGUCACGGGAACCCUAAUGUCCUGCGAAAAUGCAAUUGUCCUUGCCUUAAUUAUUUACACGCCCACCCUGAAAGCGCCCAUGUUUGUGUUGAUAGGGAGCUUGGCUUUUGCGGACCUAUUGGCCGGGCUUGGUUUGAUAGUGAAUUUCACCAUCACCUACAUUUUUGAUACCGGAUUCGUGACGCUGCUAUCAGCUGGACUGCUCAUCACUGCUUUUUCGGCCUCCGUUCUCAAUAUCCUGGCAAUCACGGUGGAUAGAUACCUCUCCCUUUACAACGCACUGACUUACCACACGGAACGAACGGUGAUUUUUACCAUCGUCACACUGGUGCUCAUUUGGGUGACUAGCAUCACUCUUGGUGCGCUACCGAUCAUGGGAUGGAACUGCCUUGAGGAUGAGACGACUUGCAGCAUUUGCGCCCCCAUUGAUAAAAAUCACGCCGCUGCACUGGCGGUGACUUUUCUUUUUGUGUUUGCACUUAUUUUGCAACUUUACCUCCAGAUUUGCAAGAUUGCUUUUCGGCAUGCGCAGCAAAUCGCCGUGCAGCAGAAGUUCAUGACUACCUCCCACUCCUCCUCCCCCACCACUAAAGGGGUAUCCACCCUCUCCAUUAUCCUUGGCACCUUUGCAUUGUGCUGGAUCCCUUUCGCCAUGUACUCUCUGGUGGCUGACAUCGGAUAUCCACCUGUCUAUACCUACGUCACCGCUCUGCCGGCCAUUUGUCACUCUAUGAUAAACCCCAUCAUUUAUGCUUUCAGAAAUCCUGACCUACAGAAAUCUAUGAGAAUCGCUUGUUGUUGUGGAUGUGUAUCUUCCAACGUUUCUCUGCGACCAAGGACACCAAGUGAUGUCUAGGCAAACGUUUGAACGUCAUAGCCUAUCAAGUAGUUACAAGCACAUCCCAAUCUUACUGACUAUGCCGAAAAUGUUUCUAAGUGUUUUUUGUUGUUGUUGUUGUUGUGUGCAUUUUAUUUGUAUUGAAUAACUGUCCUCUUGUUGCAUCUUUUACUGGUGAUGGCAUUGGGAUAGGCUCUUCUCGAAACAAAGUCGUUCAAUCUCUCUAAAAGUGUAUUGUGCCAGAGCUACUUGCACCUUUAAUGUGGAGGUAGUAGCCUUCACUGUAUAGUAAAGGCCUCAUGUUACACCCCGUUUUUAUUAUAUAUAAUAGAUGCGUUUAUAAGUGUACUCCACUGGGCACAGACGUCAACUCAAGUCAAUUUUAUUCCACGUUGGUUCAACGUUGAUUCAACUAGUGUGCGCCCAUUGGGACAUGUGAUGUGCAGUGGCUCGGUGUUGCUCAUAAAGCAUUCAGAGUAGCCUAGCGCCCUGACUCAAUAGGCAAACACCUGUUCUGUGUCAGUACAACAGGGGGAAGGAAACAAACUACUUAUAAUGUCCCCGUACUGAUUCAAUUAAUUGGGAAUAAUGUUUUUUUUUUAUCAAAGGUUGUUGAAUGUUCUUCCGAAUGACGCUGAAACGUGGUAGGCUACUGACUUGCUGCGUCUCUGCACCCUCAAAACUAUGCCGAAACUGUCCCCUCAGUCUGUUAAAUGUUGGGGCAAGUCAAAGUGAGCUGAUUUUGUGAUUAACGUUGCAUUGCGAGGGAGAAAGGCUGGAAUGAGUGGACAGCUCAAUUCAGCGCCGGCCUUUUCAGCACCAUGGACAGUGAAACGUGAGCUGUCACCCACUCAAUAACGCACGCGUAUGUCUGGUUAUGCGAGCUCGGUGGCGUCAUCUGCCAUAAAUAAUACAGCAGCAGAGAAUAAGCCUCACUUGUGUGCAUAUUGAAUUCAAGACAAAAACAGCAACAUAGUGUCAGCCAAAGUUUUCCAAAUGAACGCGCCCAGACCGUAUCAUAUAUUCCCAGUAUGACAGGGCACUCUAAAUGUUUAAAGUGGUAAACUCCUUACAUUCGCCACGCGCACAACACUACUUGCUUCUAAUUACAAUUGUCCACGUGCAAUAUUUGUACGCACAUAGCCUACACAUCCUUGGUAGACCUAACACAUCGACAUCUGAUUGCGGACAGAAGUCAUAAUAUAUUGUUUUAUUGGUUAUAACAUUGCUCAUGUUUUCACAGCGAAUCAAUAUUUGUCACACCUAGAUUUGUCUGUUGGGUAGUUGUACAUAAUAGGUGCAGUGCAUCUAAAUUAUGCAAAUGGUACAGUUUUGUUCUCUGUUAUGGCACUCGUUCCAAUAGUCGGUAAACACCAAUUUUCUACAGAAUGUCUUAAUUGUUUUGCCUUACUAUGUCUCACUGGCAAUAAUGUAUAACUUGUGUAAAGUGAUAAACUGAAUGACAUGUAUAUGUUGGUUCUCAAUAGAAAGGGACCAAUAUAUUUAACAAAUAGCCAUUUGCCAGUUUAUGACUGUAUGGUACAGUAUGAGCAGCUCUAUGACGUCAAUAAUGUGUGGUGUACAGCGCUUGAAUGAUAAUGCAACGUCUGUUGUUUGAGAUGUGUGUGGAGUAUGUAGGCUUAUCUACUGCCUAUUCUCUUGUUGUGCAGCCAAAGAGCUGCUAUAAGCAAUCCACAAUCAUUGGAACCCCCUAUGAUUCCAGUCAACAUUGGUGGGAACUCUGCAACCAGUGUCAUCACUAUUGAAUUGAAGACGAUCUUGUGUGUGCCGCCAAGCUUUGCUUGUGUAAGUACUGUAUGGAAUGCUUGUGUCCGAUUCAGAUGAUUCACUGUCGCUUAUCCACCACAGUCAGCAUGAUUGAUUCAGCUAUUUAGUAUUCUCACAGGGUUUAGAAACCCAUAAGGUCUUAUUGUAUUGGUAUAAAGCUAUAUUUUUAUAUAUUUAUUGAAAAAAAUGUAUGUAGUUUGUUUAUCUAGUUGUUGUUUUUUAAAUCAUAAAUUAUUAAUUUUGUCUUUAGGAAACAACUUCAAUGUGUCCCGUUCAAUGUAUUCAAGGAAUGAUUGUUGUCAUAAACGACGCCAAACGAUUGCAACACUACUGUCAAAUUUGUUUGCUUCCUCAAGAUCCUGGACUACUCGUUGUGUUGCAUUGGUGACUUCUGUUCAAUACACUUCACCAUAUUGUCACCAAGACAGGGUUUUAGUUGAGGUUUUCGUAACAAAGGCAAUCAACCAAAUCUGUAGCACCGAGAUAUCCAACUAGGUGUCUGUGGGAAAGGUCAAUAAAUGUUUGUUA